UCCGCGGCUGACGCGCUCUUCCCCCGCUCACAUUCUCACACUCCGGCGCCUCGUUUUCGCUUUUAAAACCGCCCGGACCCGCGCUUUUUUAUGGACCACCAUGUCCGACGAGGAGAACAAAGUGUCCGAGGAGCUCUUCAAAGACGUCAAAUUCUACGUGGUGGGAGACAUUGACCAGAAGGUGGUGCAGCUGUUGAAAGCGGGCAAAGGGAAGGAGGUGUCGUACAAUGCUCUGGCCACGCACAUCAUCGCCGAGGAUGGAGACAACCCCGAGGUCAGCGAGUCCAGGGAGGUCUUCGAUCUGCCCGUCGUCAAGCCAUCCUGGGUGAUCCUCUCCGUUCGAUGUGGAGACCUCCUACCUGUGACGGGGUUUUCUCCGGAAUCAGGACAGAUCUUCUUUGGGGUCAACGCGUGUCUCCCUCGGAUCCCAGAGGACCUGAACAGUCUUUGGGCCUACGUCACGUUCUAUGGAGGCAGCUGUCAACUCAACCUCAACAGAAAAGUCACACAUUUGGUGGUGAAAGAGCCCAAAGGGGUGAAGUAUGAAUGCGCUCUGAAACACCCCAGCAUCAAGAUUGUGACUCCAGACUGGAUCACAGACUCGGUCAAAGAUAAGAAUCGUAAGGAGGAGUCUCUGUACCACCCCCGCCUCACCUACAUCGAGCCAGAGGAGCAGAGCGACGACGAGUCAGACCUGAGCUCCAGGAGGUCCCCGGGCUCCAGCUCCUCCGACUCCAGCCCACGCAGACGCCCGGGCCCCAAGAAGUUCAACUCUGUGUCCCCGCCACCCCGCAAGCCAGAGCGCCGCCAAGAGCGCAUGUUUGACGACUCCGAUGACGACUCCUCCAACGAUAAGGAGGGACCGAACCUGAACUGGACCCCGGCCGAGGUGACUCCCGGCCUGGGUACAGCGCGCAGGAGAGCGGGGCCCCCGGGCACCAGAGAGCCGGCGUCCACAGCGGCGGCGGCAGCGGGAGGAGGAGGAGGAGGAGGAGGAGGGGCCAGUGGGAUGAUAAACCUCUGUGCCUCUGUGCCGGUCCAUGCUCCUGGAGCUGGGGCAGUGCCCGAGGGACGUCCUGCUGCUACGCCCAUGAACCAGGCUCCACCUCCAGGAGCGAUCCCCGGAGGUCCGGAGGCGAUGCCCGGCUGGAGUCCGGCUGCUCGGACUCUGAGGAACAUCACCAACAGCUCAGACAAACCCGGGCCCAUGGUUCAUGUGAGAAACCCCAAACUGUCAGGUCAGCCGCUCCUCGGGGACCACCCCCAGCCUCACCCGCCCGUGCCCCAGCAGCAGUUCACCCCGCAGGGCGCGCACCCGCCGCACCUGCCGCUCCACCUCCAGAACCAGCACCACAUGAUGCAGCUCCACCACCACCAACAGCAGCAGCUCCAGCAGCAGCAGCAGCAGCUCCAGCAACAGCAACAACAACAACAGCAGCAGCAGCAGGUCCCGGGUCAGGUCCAGGUCCAGGUCCAGGUGCCGGUCCAGGUCCCGGGUCCGGUCCAGGUCCAGGUCCAGGGGGGGCAGGGCUUCCCUCACCCCAUGUCCCAAACGCAGCACCCAAUGUCUCAGCAGCACCCGCAUCCGAUGGCUCAGGCGCAGCAGCAGAGGUUCCUGCAGCAGCACCCUCAGCUCCGCCCUCAGCACCCGCUCCACCAGCUCCAGCAGCAGAGGAUGCACCUGCUACAACAACAGCACCUACAGAACCAACAGACGCACCUACAGAACCAGCAACAGAACCAAGCGCAGACCCAGACGCACCAUCCGCAGACCCACCCGCAGCCGCACCCGCAACCCCACCCACAGACGCAGACGCCCGGCCAGACCCACCUCCACCCGCACCACCUCCAGCAGAGCCACUUCCUCCACCAAACGCAGCACCUGCACAACCAGCACCAGGGUCUGCAGGUGCUCCAGCAGCAGCAGCCACAGGGGGCGCCGCUGAGCACGCAGCUGUACGGGCACGAGCCGGGCCAGGACGUUCCUUCGGACGGGUUCCUGGUGGGCUGUGUUUUCGCCAUCGCAGAUUAUCCAGAACAAAUGGCCGACAAGCAGCUCCUGGCCACAUGGAAACGGGUCAUCCAGGCGUGCGGGGGCGUGGCCGAUAACACCCUGACCGGUCGCUGCACUCAUUUACUCUGCGAAAGUCAAGUCAGUAACAUGUAUGUGCAGGCGCUGAGGGAGGGGAAGAGGUGCGUCACGGCUCACUGGCUCAACACGGUUCUGAAGAAGAAGAAGAUGGUUCCUCCGAGUCGCACGCUGCACCUGCCGUUCGCCUUCCCGCCCGGAGCCAAACCCUGCUCCCAGCACAUCAUCUCGGUGACGGGCUUCGUGGACUCGGAUCGGGACGACCUGAAGCUGAUGGCGUAUUUGGCGGGAGCGAGAUACACUGGAUAUCUGUGCCGCAGCAACACCGUCCUCAUCUGUAAAGAGCCGAGCGGGCUGAAGUACGAGAAAGCCAAAGAGUGGAAGAUCCCGUGUGUGAACGCCCAGUGGCUUUGUGACGUGUUACUGGGAAACUUCGAGGCUCUGAGGCAGAUCCAGCACAGCAGAUACCAGAACUACAACCACCCGGAACCCCUGGCCCCCAACCCUCAGCUCGUCCUCAACCUGCUCGCUGCGUGGAGAGCUCCAAUCAAAGUGACUCCAGAGGCCUUAGCGAACCUGCAGCUGCAGAAACAGAAGCUCAACUCCAACAGUGAACCAGCCAAUAAGAAGGCCAGGUUGGACGAGGUUCAGUCUCCGGGUCAGAAGCUUCCUCCCGAGUCCACGCCUCUGGUCAUGUUCACCGGGUUUGAACCUGCGCUGGUCCAGCAGUACACCAAGUGGGUGCACGCGUUGGGCGGGGAGGUGGCGGACUCCGGGAACAGGGUCACUCACCUGUUGGCGUCCAAAGUGUCUCGGACGGUGAAGUUCCUGACCGCCAUGUCGGUGGUGAAGCACAUCGUGAGGCCGGAGUGGUUAGAGGAGAGCUGGAGGAGCCAGAAGUUUGUGGACGAGCAGAGCUUCAGCCUGAGAGACGCAGAGGCGGAGGUUCUGUUCAGCUUCAGUUUGGAGGAGUCUCUGAAACGGGCCCAGAGCUCGCAGCUGUUUAAGGUGAAACGCCACAACUCCUCCACUUAUCCUCUUUUAAACUGAUUUACCAAAGCUUAAGGUCUACAAAAAGUAUCCACAAAAACAGUACAAUUCAUUAGAAACCAAACUAAACUUAAACUUUAUUAAAGCUACAGUAUGUAACUUUCUGGAGGCGGCAUUCACCUUUACAGAAAGACAUUUGGAAACAUGUGGAUGAUGACUUCUGGUGUAAUCCCCGACACUGGGCAUGUGAUAAAACCAUGGAUUCAGCAGCACAGUCUUCACAACCUUUUUAUUUAAUUACAUUUUAUUAUAAAAAAAAAAAAAAGUAUUAUUGACAAACCCGAGGAGGUCAGACUUCACACUUAACCAAACACCAUCCACACACACUCAUAUUUAAAACAGACGCUUAAGGAAAGAAUUAGUGAUAAUAACAGAAAUAAUCAUAAAAAAUAACAACAAAAAGAUUAAAUUAAAAACUAAAAGGAUAAAAAAGCGACUCAAACCAUUAAAAUAAAGAACAGUCUUCACAAUCUGCCAAACCUUUCCACGGGGACG